UACCAGCACGUGUAUAAGAGGCGUGACCGUGGGUAGUUUCUUCCGAUGCGAAGACAUGGCGACGUCGUCGUUUUCUGUGCUGGUUGUGGCAGCCCUGCUGGUUGUCACCAGACCUCUGUCUGCCUCACCCCUGGGGCCCGGGAGCGGUCAGUCGUGCGGUUACGGCAGCUGCAACCCAGUGAAAGAUGAUAUGAUCAAUGUGCACGUGGUCCCACACACGCAUGACGACGUAGGCUGGCUGAUGACGGUGGACCAGUAUUACUACAGUCAGGUGCAGUACAUUUUGGACUCGGUGGUUCAAGAGCUGCAGAAGGACCCUACCAAGCGUUUUAUGUAUGUCGAGAUCGCUUACUUUGCACGAUGGUUUCGAGAACAGGACGACGCCACAAGACAUGUCGUCAAGGGUCUUGUUAAUGAAGGUCAGCUAGAGUUCAUCCUUGGCGGCUGGUGCAUGAACGACGAAGCGGCCACCCACUACAACGCCAUCAUCGACCAGCACGCGCUCGGUUUCGAGUUCCUGAGGCAGAACUUUGGUGACUGCGGGCGGCCUCGAGUAGGAUGGCAGAUCGACCCCUUUGGCCACUCCAGGGAACAGGCGUCCAUCUUUGCCCAGUUUGGGUUCGACUCUCUCUUCUUCGGCCGCCUGGACUAUCAAGACAAGGACCUCAGACAAAAUACCCAGACUAUGGAAAUGAUCUGGCGCGGCAGUCCUGCCAACCUCGGAGCUAAGCUGAUUUGUUCACUGGAGUUGCAGGACGGGUACGGGCCCCCUGGGGGAUUCUGUUUUGACAUUUACUGCGGUGACCCCGACAUUAAGGAUGACAGUCGCCUGCACGAUUACAACGUAGAUGAUGCAGUCAAGCGUUUCCUCGACGCCAUCAACGACCAGGCCAAGCAUUACACCACCAACCAUCUGAUGGUGACGAUGGGCUCGGACUUUCAGUACCAGGCAGCUCAUAACUGGUACAAGAACCUCGACAAGCUGAUAGCUUACGUCAACCAGAAGCAAGCCGAGGGCAGCAACGUGAACUUGCUGUACUCCACACCCUCCUGCUACACUUAUUAUGUGAACCGCGCCAACAGGACGUGGACGACGAAGGAAGACGACUUCUUCCCGUAUGCUCACAGACCUCACAGCUUCUGGACUGGCUACUUCACCAGCCGGGCCGCCUUGAAGAACUACGUCCGCCGCACGAACAACUUCUUCCAGGUGGUGAAACAGAUGGAUGCCCUCGCCCAGCUGACGGACUCCGAUAACAGCACGCUUAACAUUCAGGUAUUGGCAGAGGCGAUGGGAGUCGUGCAGCAUCAUGAUGGCGUGUCAGGAACAGAGAAGCAGGCCGUGGCGUAUGACUAUGCAGAGAGACUGGCAAAUGGUGUUAACGAAGGACAGAAAGUCAUUGCUGAUGCCUACAAGAAACUUCUACCAGUUGGUACUAUCCCCGCCCCGGACCGCUUCUUUUGCCCACUUCUCAACAUCAGUGUGUGCAGCGUCACAGAAACCGGUUCACAGUUUCAGGUUACUGUGUACAACCCAUUGGCUAGAUACGUGGAGUACAAUAUUCGAGUCCCGAUUAUCGGCACCUCGUACACGGUGGUUGGCCCCAGUGGAAUCACGGUGCCUUCUGAAAUCUUUCCUAUUUCUCCUGAUACGGAACGUAUUCCAGAGCGGAGCGGCGUGCAUGCAACAUACGAACUGGUGUUCCCGGUGUCGCUUCCCCCUCUAGGUUUCUACGUCUACUUUGUCUCGCGAACUUCAGAACCAGGUAACUGGUGUCUGCAGAACAUAAAGUAUACUCCUCAAGCUGUAACACUACGAUCUACUGACUCGGACUUUGUCAUUAGCGGCGAGUAUAUUUCUCUGGUAUUCGAUGGCACUUCCGGCCUCCUAAAGACGAUCACCAACCUAGAGAAGAACGUGAGCAUCGCCGCCUCCCAGGACUUCUGGUACUACGUGGGCUUCAAUGGCAACAACAGUCAGGCCGAGGUGCAGGCGUCCGGCGCAUACAUCUUCCGUCCACUCGCCGCCUCAGUGCGCUCCGUACGCUCAGCGCGAAUCUCGACCAGCAAAUACUACGUGAAGGGCUCAGUCGUACAAGAAGUGUACCAGCAAUUCCCGUGGAUCACUCAAGUCGUUCGUGUGUACUCAAACCAACGCUUUGCAGAGUUCCAAUGGACAGUGGGCCCCAUCCCUAUAGAUGACAAUCUAGGUAAGGAAGUCAUCAGCCGUUUCACAAGUGAUUUGAACAGUGAGGGUGUCUUUUACACUGAUGCAAACGGCCGAGAAAUUUUGCAGAGACGCUUGAACCACCGUGACACCUGGCAGUUGAACCAAACAGAGCCGGUCGCCGGCAACUAUUAUCCAGUUAACAGCCGCAUUUACAUAAGGGACGAAGCCCGGCAGUUGCAGUUGACCGUUUUGACUGACCGAUCAGAGGGAGGGUCAAGCCUCCUGAACGGAUCGGUUGAACUCAUGGUACAUCGGCGACUGUUGCAUGACGACAGCCUGGGUGUCGGCGAGCCACUCAACGAAACGGGAGCAGACGGCAAAGGGUUGGUUGUUAGAGGGUCACACUACGUCCUCCUAGAGCCAAUAUCUGCGACAGCGGCAGCUCAUCGUGACCUCGCCGAGCGCCUGUACAUGGCACCUCAUAUUAGCUUCACUGAAGUCAGUGCCUCGCAGAGCGAGUGGCAGGAGCACUUCCUCACCAUGUGGACUGGGGUGCGCUCUCUCCUCCCUCCUAACGUCCAUCUGUUGACGCUGCAGCAGUUCCCAUCCAACGGCCCCGUACCCAGCGCCACCCGCCCUUACUUGCUGCGUCUGGAGCACAUUUACGAGGUGGGCGAAGAUGCCAUCUUGUCCCAGCCAGCUGUCGUGUCCCUGCAGAGACUGUUCGAGCCUUUUGAUAUCACAGAUGCUACAGAACUGACCCUCGGGGCCAAUUUACCUUUAGCCGAUCUCAGUAGACUGCAAUGGCAAAUCCGGGGACAAGGCUGGGCAUGGCGGCGCUGGUUCAAAGCAAGGCAAAAGUCUGAAGUUCCAAUCGGAGAAAGUGAAUGAGGAAGAUGCUGACCCCUUAACCAUCGUCCUAAACCCCAUGGAGAUCCGAACGUUCCAGAUCACAAUCGGCCCACCCACACAGCAGUGACAGAAAGGAUCAGAGAGCAGGACUACGCAAGGGAUCCAUGAAAGGCAGGACGUAUAGUUCCUACUUCCACAUCCAACGGAGUUUGAACUGAUGUACAUCGAGCAGGAAUUAAUACCCUUCGAUUUGUAAUGCUUUGCAGCUGGCUCUGCUCACUGCCGAAACAAAUAAGUGUGCGCAAAAAAGGAAACAUGUAAAUGCAACAAAUCAUAAUUGAUGGUGUGUUUAAAAAUCUUUUUGAAACAUAGAAAUUAUUUGCUUACAGUUAUUUUGUAGGUAUGUUUACACGUAAUAAAACAUAAAAUGUUUUUUUCGAUAAACAAAGAAGUGUCCAGACAAAUUCAGACCCAAGAACACAUAAUAAAUUAAGAUAUUUUACACGUACUAAA